CACACUCGAAAACAGAUAGAGACACGUAUACAUACAUAUAUACAUACACCCGUCUCUCGAUUCUCAUCAUAUUUUUCUUGUGCUUGUUCUUUCAAAUCAACCCAGAACAGAAAAAAAUCAAGAUCCCAAGGAAAAAAAUACAGCUUUAAAGACAUGGAUGUGAGUAGCGUAGAUGAGAGCACAACAAGUGCAGAAACCGUUAACACUCCGCCGAUGACGACGCCGGAGACACGACCGCCGGCGAGAAAAUCGCCGGAGAAGCUUUACCGGAUGGGAAGCGGAUCGAGUGUCGUUUUGGAUUCGGAAAACGGCGUGGAGUUCGAGUCUCGGAAGUUGCCGUCGUCCAAGUACAAAGGCGUGGUGCCGCAGCCAAACGGCAGGUGGGGCGCUCAGAUUUACGAGAAACAUCAGCGCGUGUGGCUCGGCACCUUCAACGAGGAAGACGAGGCGGCGCGUGCGUAUGACGUGGCCGCACAACGAUUCCGCGGCCGCGACGCGGUCACGAAUUUCAAGAACGCGCGUUUGGACGACGACGAGGUCGCGUUCCUGAACGCGCACUCCAAGUCAGAGAUCGUCGAUAUGCUACGUAAGCACACGUACAACGAGGAGCUCGAGCAAAGCAAACGCCGAUCAAGAUCCCGUUACGGUAACAGUAACGGCAACGACGACCGUAACGGAAACGGGAAAAGCCCGGGAACUGGUGACGGAAACGACGGCGUUUCGGGGACGGAGUUCAGAUCGGCGGAGGCACUGUUCGAGAAAGCGGUGACGCCUAGCGACGUAGGGAAGCUGAACCGUUUGGUGAUACCGAAGCACCACGCGGAGAAGCAUUUUCCGUUACCGUCAGGUAACGUCUCCGUGAAGGGGGUGCUGUUGAAUUUCGAGGACGUAACGGGGAAGGUGUGGAGGUUCCGUUACUCGUACUGGAACAGUAGUCAAAGCUACGUGCUGACCAAAGGAUGGAGCCGGUUCGUGAAGGAGAAGAAUCUGAAGGCCGGUGACGUGGUCAGUUUCAGCAGAUCCAAUGGUCAGGAUCAACAGCUGUACAUAGGUUGGAAGGCGAGAUCCGACCCGGAUAGCGAACCGGGUCGGGUCGUGAAGCUAUUCGGAGUCAACAUUUCGUCGACCGUUGACUGCUCAAACGACGUCGUAGCGAGAAGUGGUGGUCAGAAGAGAGCGAGGGAAGUGGAAGAGACGAUGCUUUCGCUGGGGUGCUGUAAGAAACAACGCGUCUUCGUUGCCUCCUAACAAUUCUCUUUUCUUUUUUUCUUUUUUUUUUUUACAAGUUUUCGUUUUAUGUUUUUUUUUUCUUCUCUUGCAUCAUCAGUUCUUGUUCUUGUUCUUGUCGAGGUUCAGGAGUUGCUUAAGUUGUAAAUUUUAUUGUUAGGACAACAAAAAAAGGAGAAAAAAAAAAUAGGGGGAACGAAUGUUCAAUAACAUGAAACGGUGAAAUCAAAGUUAAUUUUCUCUCAAUGAAUGGAUUGCAGCUUCUCAU